AUGGUCUUGAAGAACACCAAGUAUGAUAAACAGGCCAAGCGCAAUUACAUGGCCAAACACGGGUUGAUCCCGCAGAAUGAUCCCAAGAACAAGCCCAUGAGGCCCAAGUGGACGUCCAAGAAGAAGACUGAGAGCCAGCAGUACCUUAAGCUAGAUAUAGAUGAGAUGACCAGUGACUGGGAUUCGGAUGUGGAUGAAGACAUUGUGAACUACUUCUAUCCACAAAUUGGCGAAGAGCUCCCAGUGAUGCCCGAAGAGCAGAAGAAGAAGAUCAAGCGCCAGGUGAUCGAAGACCUCAAGUUACAACGAGAUGAGCUCUUCAAUCAACCCUCGCAACCAGAACUGUCGACUGAUGGAAUAUACUUGGGAACUGAGCAGCCACUGCAGCCGGAGGUGAAACUUUCUGAGUUUGUGCCACUGAUUCCCAUCACGAAGCGCAAGAACCGUAAGUUGCCCAUCAACGACGAUUCAGAAGACCUUCUAUCUGAAUAUGGUAUCGACAACUACAAUGAGCUUUUGAGACAAAAGGACGACUAUGACGCAUUGCACAAGAAGAAGCUUGCAGAGAGCCACGUUUCAGAUAUUGCAGCUGAGGACUUGGUUGGCUUUGAAGUGGGGAAGGACUCGUUGGUGGAUAUACAAAUGAGAUCCAAACCUAAGGUAGAGCUAAGGUACUUGACAGACGAGGAAAUCCAACAGGAUAUACACAGGAAGACCAGGAGCCAACAACAAGGAUUCUACAACCAGAUCAAGCAGAAGUUCAAUGGUUCCUCGACUUCUUCAAAGAAGGUUCUUGAGUUGAACAAUUAUACUACCGACAACCAGAGCCACACCAAUUAUAUCAACAGGAAAAUCGUUCAACAAGACAAACCCGUGGUGUCACUAGACGCAGAUUUAGACGAAUUGCUUGGGACACGAUUGGGGAAGGUACAUAUAGAAUCAGACGACGAAGCUUAUGAAGUUCCAGAGAGUAUAGACGACUUUAUCAGCACUCUUGACACCAAACCCGGUAAGAAGUCUGAAACAGUACAGCGCAUACAGACGCCCCAGUCAGGUCCUGUUGAUCAAGACUUCCUUGACAAGCUCUUGGGUUAG